AUGUCAGUGCCUGUUGUGGGAGGCAGCAGAGACAACACAAUAGUCCCCCUCUUCUCGCAGGCCACCCCAGCAGUUUCCCUGCGAGAGGACGAGCGCGUUAGGCUGGUGAGGCGGGUGAGGGCGAGUGGCAUGCAGGUGAUCACAGCCAAGGACGGCAAGGGUUCUGCCAUCAUGGCUCCAGCGUUUGCAGCUGCCAGCUUCACAAAUUCGCUGCUCAAGGCCCUGAAUGGUGAAGCGGUUACGGAGUAUGCGUAUGUGGCUUCAAGUGUAACAGAUGCCCCCUUCUUCGCUUCAAAGGUUCAACUUGGUCCCAACGGUGUGGAAAAGGUGUUCCCAGUUGAGGACCUGCCGUCGAGCUCGCUACACUCAACUCCGCCCGCCCACUCACUGAGCCGCUUCGCCUUGCCGUUCGCUCCGCUCGGCCAAUCGCCGUGCUCCCGUUCCCGACGGCGACGAGCUGCGCCUUCCGCGGUGCACCACUCGCACAACCGCGCGUCGCGUAUCGACGAGGGCGCGCAGAAGUGGGGCGGUGUCCUCCGUCUCGGUGACGGGAAGAGCGGCGGAGGCGGGGAGUACUCCGCGUGGUCUCCCGUGAAGGUCCCCCCACGCGUAGCCGCGCCACCGCCCCGCGCGCAACCGACGAAGGCGCAAAGGCAGCGCUCCGCCAAGGCGCGCGCGAGCAGCGGAAGUACCGCUGUGUUGCGCGGAGAGCCCACCGCAAUCGCGGUCGCCGUGCCGGUGCCGAAUGGAUUGUCCGUCGGGCUUGGCGACUCCAUCCGCGAGCCAACCGGAGCUCCGCGUUCCGCGGCUAUCGGCGCAAAGAGCAUGGCGGAAGCUUUGGAAAUCUCCCCCGUGACUGCCGCCGCGAUGGUCGCCGCGAUCGGCGCAUGCGCCGUCGCCGCGCCGUUCGGCCUCGGGUUUCUCUCCGCCGACGCGCCGCUGCAGACGAACGUGCUAGCGUACAUCACGGCGAUGAUCGGGCUGUACAUGGCGUGGAACAUCGGCGCGAAUGACGUGUCAAACGCAAUGGGCACGUCCGUCGGGUCGGGUGCGCUGUCGAUGCGGACCGCGGUGCUCGUGGCGGGGGUUCUGGAAUUUGGCGGCGCGAUGCUCGUCGGGUCGCACGUGAGCGACACGAUGCAGACGGGGAUCAUUGACCCGGGGCUGUUUGUGAACGAUCAACCGCUGCUUUUCACCGGCAUGAUCUCAUCGCUCGCUGCUGCCGGCACGUGGCUACAGAUUGCGACGCACUUCGGCUGGCCCGUGUCGACCACGCAUUGCAUCGUUGGCGCGAUGGUGGGGUUCGGUUUCGUCUACGGCGGCGCGGACGCGGUUUGCUGGGACUCGCUGUCCCACGUGGCCUCCUCCUGGGUGCUCUCGCCUGUCCUCGGAGCUACUGUAGCGUACAGUAUCUACACCGCAAUUCAGAAAUUCGUUUACGAAGCCGAUUCGCCCGCCCACGCCGCUUCCAGCGCCGCUCCGUAUCUCGUGGGGCUGGGCGUGUUCGCGUUUUCGUUAUCCUCGUUAUACACUGGAGACGCCGCGUUUGCGCCAGCCGCGUUGGAGUCUCUUGCAGCGGGUACAGUGGCCACGGGUGUAGCAUCUGUCUUUAUGGAAAAACAGGUGAUUUCGACGAUUGGCGGGAAAAUCACCGAGAUUACCCCAACUCGUGGGUUCGCAGCGGAAUUCGCAGCAGCCUCGGUGGUGGUGCUGGCGUCGCGAUUAGGGUUACCAGUUUCCGCGACGCACACGCUGGUGGGAGCGGUUAUGGGGGUGGGACUGGCGCAAGGGGGAAGCGGGGGAGUGCGCGGGGAAGUAUUGGCGGAGAUUGCUGCCUCGUGGGCAAUCACCAUUCCCGCUGGCGCAGCUCUCGCGAUAAUAUACUCCGCUGCUCUGUCUCAGAUCGUUCCUGCUUUCUUCUGA